CACCCACUAUAGCUACCUGUAGCUGGCCACUCACCCCUCCACGCCGCCUCCCCCCAAAGAAGGGACCACGAAUAUAGAGAGGGGUCCGUCGCACGUAUAAAAGGGCUCUCUCUCCUACCUCGGUCACAGUCUCUCUCAGCCGACAUGAUGAUCGUGGUCCUCGCCUGCCUCUUCGCCGUGGCUGCAGCCGCUCCCCAGUUGGAGCAGGAGCUCGUGGCUGCCGCCGCUCCCAGGUUGGAGCAGGAGGUCGUCGACAUUGUCUUCGACGAGCGCUCCGACUCCGGCGACGGCAACUUCAAAUACAACUUCGAGGCAGAGAACGGCAUCGCCAUGGACGUGUCCGGCACCCCUGGAGCAGCGGGGCAGAGCAACAUGCAGGGCGUCUUCAGGUUCACCCUCCCCGACGGCACCCUCGCUGAGGUCCGAUUCCUCGCCGACGAGAACGGCUACCAGCCAGAAUCUGCGCUGCUCCCCACGCCCCACCCUCUCCCCGCCCACGCCCUGGAGCAGAUCCGCAUCGGCGAGGAGCAGAACGCCCAGGGCAUCACCUUCGACAACCAGGGCUUUAGAGUGGACGGCGGCCGCAUAUUAUUCGCCGAGGAAUAGAAGCCCGGUUGGCUCUCGACGUGUCUUCAUAACUAACACUCACUAGUUCUUGAAAAUAUCAUCCUUCCUUCUGGACAUAAGAAUUUUUUUUUAUUGCUAAGAUUUUAUAAUAAAACACAAAUCACCGGGCAGCAUGAAACUCCUGCUUCAUGAUGCCUGUGUAAAAAAAAUUUAUCAGUUGUUCAACACUGCCGCCGCUUGGAAAACCGAUUUCUACUCAGCAGUUGAACAAUAAAAUGCAUCAGUCUC